UGUUAAGCCAGGGUAUUUUGGUCCUUCCAAGCAAGCGCUGCUACAACUUCUGCUAUUGCUUAAUACAAAUACGGUAGUACUACUACAUUUACUCAAUAUUUUACAUCGCCUUCAUCAGAUUUGUUAACCUCUGGUUAUCUCUUCCCAUAUACUCGAACUUAACAAGUUUUUGUGGACGGAAGAGAAUCAACUAGAGAUGGAGGAUUGGGAGGAUGUACCAGUUCCAGAUCUUCUUAAGAAGGAUCAGCCAACGAGUAAAUGGGAUGAUGAAGAUGCAGAUGAUAACGAUGUAAAAGAAUCUUGGGAAGAUGAAGAGGAGCCUGCUCCGGUUCCUAAACCAGAACCUCCUGCUGAGAAGGCCCCCAAGAAAUCUGCUGCAAAGGCUGGUGAAAAGAAAGGCAAGGAAGUCGGAGUUCAUACCAGUGAAGAGCCUCUAGAUCCAGUAGCAGAAAAACUUCGCCAGCAAAGGCUUGUAGAAGAAGCUGAUUAUAAGUCCACAGCUGAAUUGUUUGCCAAGAAAGGUGGUGAUGACAAGACCCUUGAUAAUUUUAUUCCCAAAAGUGAGAGUGAUUUCUUGGAAUAUGCGGAGUUGAUCUCUCAUAAGCUGCGACCAUACGAGAAAAGCUACCAUUAUAUUGCGUUGCUCAAGGCUGUUAUGAGAUUGUCAUUGACCUCGUUGAAAGGGCAAGAUGCUAAAGAUAUUGGCUCUUCUAUUACUGCAUUUGCAAAUGAGAAGAUUAAAGCAGAAAAGGAAGCCACUGCGAGUAAAAAGAAGACAGGUGCAAAGAAGAAGCAGCUACAUGUUGAUAAGGCAGAUGAUGAGGCAGUGGUAAAUGCAUAUGAUGGUUAUGAUGAUUAUGAUUUCAUGUGAAGAGGGAAACUUAGCAAACACAUGCAUGUUAUGCCAAUUUUUUCACCUUUCUAGCUACAUCAGUCUGGCGAUCUUUUGAAUCUACAAGUGACAACUAUGACGAAGAUCCUGUGGCCUGUUACCUCCCAAUUCUGGAGUCUUAUUGAGUGUGUCAUAUCUUUUUCUUUUUUCUUUUGGGUCAAAUAAAAAAGUAUCCUUUGUUUUGUUUUCAUUUUGUGGUCAGUUACUGGUUGGAGAUUCGUUGGUAAAUUAUUUGUCGGUUGAUCUGCAUUCUCUUGUAUGAUUCGGAUCUUAGAUUUUGAACCUAUAGAUUUCUUGUAACAGUCUUAUUUAAAACUAUUUGAUCCUUUCUUUUCA